AUGUUGCGCAACGUCGCCGUGUUGGCGCUCGCAACCAUCGCUGCCGGAUUUGGUCCAGCAGCGAUCAUUCGUGAGCCCGACGACGCGCUUGACCAAACGAUGUGCGCGGAACCUGACGCGCCAGCAGAGACCAUCGGGCCGAUCCUCGCCGAAUUCCUCCGCCCGGACCUAUUAAGUUGCAACCAGGUGGGCACGGCCAUCUUUGACUCAGUUUACUCCGGGGAGGAGCUUUACCGCAGAAAUGAUCUUCAGGCGGUUCUGCGACAGCCAGACAAGCUGCAUCACUGCACUGCCUGCAUCACCGCCUGCGCCGCACAACCCGCCAUCUACGCCGCCACCUCCAAGCGCGCCUCCAGUGAGGUGCUGGUUAACUUUGCGAGCCGGCAGCAGCUAGGCCUGGCAACGAUGGAGCUCGACCGCGUUGCUGACCGAAUUGCUGAUAGGAUCCUUGCGAGGCUGCCGGCGGGCCGGCAAGCCCGGGUGGUUCCCAAAUCCUCUGGGCAGCUUCGACUGACGGUGAUGAUUGUGUAUUUCGGCCCAUUACCACCAUGGAUGCCGAUCACGCUGCACUCCAUGGCGGAGAAUGCUGAUGUGCGCUUUGUCAUCGUUGGAGACAGCUCGGCGCCUGCGGCCACGCCCAAGAAUGUGCAUUUUGAGCACAUCACUUUCGAGGCGAUGCAGAAGAGGCUUGCCGAAAUGCUACCUCCCUCGCUCGGGCGCCAUGUUCUCUACAACGACACGUAUAAGGCUAAUGACAUCAAGCCGUUCUUACCACACCUCUACUCUCACUUGUUGCAGGGGCAAGAUUGGUGGGCAUGGGCUGACCUUGAUGUCAUAUUUGGCGACCUCCUCAAGUACCUCACGCUCGCGAUGCGAGCUCCGGCAUGCUGCGUCGGUCCCGAACGGUGCAUCGGCCGCAGCGCAAGUGCAGAGGCCAACGUCGUGUGCCCAUUCUUUCCCAACCCGCCGGCAAGCAAGGCCUGGGGUCCGUUCACCGCAUUCUCCACGGCUCUCGGCCCGUACGCAGAUGCGCCACAUCUGUGGAUGCUCAUGGGCGGUGUGCUCAAUCGGCUGGCGGAGGGGGAGGGGCGUGUGACAAUGUCCAAGCUCAAGAUUCCCUUCGGCGAGGCGAAGACCUGCGUGGACAUUGGCUGCGUACAUUGCCCGUGCGGCGCCGUACGCGCACGCCUGCACGGUGGAGCGCUGCUCGUCAAUGGCCGCGAGGUGAUGCUUCUUCACCUCAGUCAGUCCAAGAGCGCCUGGAGCGCUCUACAGCCCGCCGUGCCGCCAUGGGCGCCCGGCUCCAGUGGCGAGUGGGCAGAGGAUUGCAUAGACAUCGCUGGCCUUGGAACGCUCAGCCCUCGAGGCGUCACUUUCGCGAAGGGCCGCUACGGCCAGAACUCUUCUAUUGCAGUCCGCGCCGCAACGAGGCUGCAGCGGCACCGUGUCAAGGCACCAUACGGUAAGUACAUCCACUACGGCCCCGGAGCGUCCAACAUCCGACUGCGCUUUGGCCCUUGCGGCGAGGAUAAUUAG